AUGGGCGAGGAUUUGAGAUCUGUCCUGAAACGUUUUUCUCAGGUCGAAACUGACAAGGAAAGACCAACGAAAAGGCUUCGAGUUGCUGAAGAAACUGAGAGUGAUAGUCCACAUUCUGACGCAGAAGUGGAACUCUCAGAUUCGGAGCAGCUUAUCGUGCCGCAAACAGAAGGCGGCCAAAAUGGCGAAGCGCCAAACUCAAUCCCCUCAGUAGCUGAGGAUGACUUAUUGAGCGAGAUAGCUCAAGAGUUCGCUGAUGAGGCUACGACAGGACCAAAGGUUAGCCAGAAGCUGGCAGAUAUCAUAAAUCAGCGUUGGUCCUCAAGGUUGGAAGAGCCCAAAAUGAAGGGCAAGAUGGGAAAAUAUGACCAGCCAGACAACUGCGAGAAACUCGCAGUGCCGAAAGUAAACCCUGAGAUUUGGUCAAAGCUCAACCAUACUGCUCGAGGUGCAGACCUUAAAUUGAUCAACUUUCAAAAAACACUCGUCAAAGUCGGGGUUGCUCUAACUAAAUCUACUGAUUCCCUUGUGAAUAUCAGAGCAAACAUAAGUUCAGACGCUGAACUCAAACAACAACUUGCCGACCUCGUGACCAACAAUACUGACGCCUUGGCAAUGCUCUGUCACGUUCAUGUCGAACUCCUGCUGCGUCGCCGUGAGCUGAUAAAACCGAACGUAAACAAGGAAUAUUCAUCCUUAUGUUCGUCCCAAACGCCAAUAACGGAAUCAUUGGGGAUGACUUGCAGUCCCGGUUAA